CCCGCUCCUCAUCACCCACACCGCACCGCCCGCACCCGCCUGCUCGUCCGCACACCGGCACCGCCGCCUCUGCUCCGUCGCCGCUGCUGCUUAUUCCGGGCUGCGCCAGCCAAGCAUGGCCGUCCCGACGUCCCCUGCCGCCGCCACGGCGCAGGCGUCCGGCUCGGGCGACGCGGCGCCCGCCAGCGUCUCACAGCUGGCCGAGCUCAUCGCCACCGAGCCCGAGCGCUUCUCGCGGCCGGACGCCGAGAUCGCCGAGAUGGCACGCGCGGCCAUGAAGAGCAUGUUCGACGUUGCCAUCGCCAGCGAGGAGGCCGCACUGCCGAGCCUCACCGCGCUGCUGCGCGAGACGUUCCCACCCGUCGAGCCCGUUCCCGGACCGGGCGCUGGCAAGGGCAAGAAGCGCAAGCGCGACGCCAAGGCCGCGCUGCCGGCGCACCACGAGCUCUUCCCGCCCACGCCGCUCAGCGAGCUCGUCGUCGACGGCAUGUCGGCCGAGCAGCUGUGGGAGCAGCUCGAGCUGCGCGGCGCCAAGCUCGAGCGCCUGCUCAGCGCCGUCGUGCAGGAGGAGGAGGUCAAGCAGGACGGCGACGAUGAGGAGGACGAGGAGGACAUGCCAAAGGGCCGGCCAUACAAGGCGGGUGCCGAGGAUGACUCGGACGAGGAUGAGUACGACUCGGAGGAGGAGGAGGAGCAGGAAGGGCAGAAGCUCGUGCACUCCAUCGCCGAGCUCAGCGAUGCCGAAAUGCGCGCGCUCGGUCUGGACCCUGCUAUGCGCGACGAGUACAUGUUCAUGGCCGACGGCGACAGCGACGGCAGCGACGACGACUCGGAGGACCACGGCUACCCGGGCACGAGCGAUCUGAGCGACGACGACGCCGACGAGGUCUCCUUUGAGCCGCUGCUCAGUGAGAAAGAGCAGCAGGCGCGCAAGGCGGCCGCCGAGGCGGCGGAGCUGGGCCGCCUGCGCAGCGAGACGCGGCAACGGCGCAUCCGCAUGGGCAAGGACCCAGACGCGGAGGACAGCGACGAGGAGGACGACGAUGGCAUGGACCCGGAGCUGGCAGCCAUGAUGGACGCCAGCUACGGCGAGGCUGAUGAGGAUGAGGACGAUGAGGAGGAGGAGGAUGACGAAGAGGCUGGCAGCGGCAGCGAGUCGGAGGAGGACCCAGAGGUUGCGGAGCACCGGAGACGGGCGAGCAUCCUCGACAACCUCGACGAGCCGGGCUCCAGUGUGGCUGGUCCGUCGCGCAAGGGCGGCCGCCACCCGGUGCUGGACGACCAGUUCUUCUCCAUCGACGAGUUCAACCGCGAGACCCUCGAGUCCGAGAAGGAGGCGGAGCGGAAAGAGCGCCAGGGCUCGGUGGACGAGGACGACGAGGACCGCGACUUCGACGAUGAUGUCGACCUGUUCAAGGCGAUCGAUGGCUUGCCGGGCGCUGACGAGGACAGCGAGAUGGACGAGGAGGAAGACGGGCCGAGCGCCGCUGACAUCCGGUACAAGGACUUCUUUCUGCCGCCGCCACGCGCGCCCAAGCCAAAAGGCAAGCCGCCCGGGCCAACAGGCAAGGGCAAGGCGAAGGCUGUUGAGCCUCCGGCCGCCGAGAAGGCAGAGACGCCGAAGAAGGCCGAGGAGGGCACGCUCUCGCGGCGGCCGUCGGUGCGCUUCCACGACCAGGUCAAGGUGCGGCGCAUCAAGGCGCGCAAGCAGGAUCCGCUCAAGAUCACCCCCGAGAUGCUGGCGGCGAUCGGCGCUGGCGGCGAAGACGCCCAAGAGAUGAUGAACAAGUGGGCGGAGUUCUCGCAAGACGAGGACGAGAGCGAUGAGGAGGGCGAGGAGGAGUAUGACGAGGAGGCAGACGAUGAUGAUGAGGAGGGCAGCGAGGAGGAGGAGGGCAGCGACGCAGAGGCCUCUGAGGACGACGAAGGCGACGCUCUCAUGGACGAAGGCGACUCGGCGGACGAAGAGACGGCGCAGCGCGUGACGGGCGACCUCUUCGCCGACGAGCCCGCCGCCACUUCGACCUCGCAACUGUCCACGCACGAGCGGCGCAUGGCUGCACUGCAGGACGAGAUCGAUCGUCUGGAGCAGGAGAACGUGGGCAAGCGAGACUGGACGCUGCGCGGCGAGGCCGGCGGCCGUGUGCGCCCGCAGAACAGCCUGCUCGAGGAGGACCUUGAGUUCGAGUCCGCAGGCAAGGCCAAGCCGAUCAUCACCGGGGAGGUGACGGCGGGCCUCGAGGACAUGAUCAAGGCGCGCAUCCUUGAGGGCCGCUUCGACGACGUCGUGCGGCGGCGCAACCUCGAGGCGACGGCCUUCCUGCCCUCGCGGCUGCUUGAGCUCUCCGACGCCAAGAGCCAGAAGAGCCUGGCGCAGCUGUACGAGGACGACUACGCCAAGGCGCGCGAGGAGGCCGACGGCCAGGCGGCCAGCACGCCGGCGGCCGAUGCCAAGCUGCAGAAGGAGCACGACGAGAUCGAUGCGGUCUUCGACGACAUCUGCGGCAAGCUCGAUGCGCUCAGCAACGCGCACUAUACGCCCAAGGCGCCCAAGGCGACGAUCCAGACGAUCUCCAACGCGCCCACCAUCACGCUCGAGAGUGCGCUGCCGUCGACGUCGUCUGCCGCGACAAUGCUGGCGCCCGAGGAGAUCUACGACGCCGGCCGGCACGCGGCGGCGCUGGCGGGCGACCGCAGCGAGCUGACGCCCGAGGAGGCGCAGCGCCUGCACAACCGCUUGCGCAAGGAGAAGCGCGCGCGCAACGAGCGCAUCGAGUCGACGCGCAAGGCCAUCGAGCUCAAUGCCGAGGCCGUGGGCCGCCCGCUCAAGGCGCCGCGCGGCAAGAAGGGCGAGAGCCAGGAGAAGGACCAGGCCCUGCGGAAGCUGCUGGGCAACAAGGGCGUCAGUGUCAUCGGCAAGGGCAAAGGCAAGGACGAGAAGGGCGGCAAGGGCAGCAAGGGCCCCGCCGCGGGCAAGAACGGCGCGGCGCGGCCCGUGUCGGCCUCAGGGACGAGCUUCAAGCUGUAGCCGCGCGCAAUGCACACGCUGAGCUCGUGCUGCAUGAUGAGACGAUGACGUUGUGUUACACAGAGGGCAGGAGCGGUACUAAUACAGAGUAGAGAGACG